GACACCCAACCCGGCUAAUAUCCACCCCUAAACGGGCUUGGCUGAGAGAGAGUUAAUUUUGAGCCGCACAUAAUGCCGAAUCGGAUCACGGGCAUGACCCAUUUAUCUUAACAAUAUUUGCCGCGAAGUGCUUCAAUCAAACCCUAGUUUGCAGAGAGAGUAUCAUAGACUCGUCACUCCCAAAACCUCACAUAGCAGCUCUGCUCUGGCAACAAUGGCGAUUUCAGAUUCCAAGAAACCAGAACGCAGUCAAGACCUAGAGCUCUUGAAAUCCGACGUCGUUUCCUUCGCCUCCUCAAUCGGCCUCUCCUCCUCUCUCCCUAGUUCCUCCGGCGGCUUCGACGAUUCCGAUUUCCGCAAAACCGGUCAUCUCAAACCCAACAAAAAAUCGCAGCCAAACAAGCCUUUAAAGCAACCGAACUCCAAUGGCGAAGCAAAACCACAGCUCAACAAGAAGAGAAACAGCAAUGAACGGCCUAAACCUAGGGUUUUUCAACCGGUCGAUAAUUCGAGAGGGUUUGAUAAGUUUAAGAACCUUCCGAAGCUUCCAUUGAUGAAGCCGAGCUCGCUGGGCGUAUGGCACGUCGACGAGGCUGAAUUGGAGGAGAAAGUCAUAUCGAAGAAGAAGGUUUUGUUUGGGGAUUUGGUGGAGUGGAAGAGAUUGGUGGCGGAGAAGAAGGAGCUUGGGGCUAGGUUAAUGGCGCAGUACACGCAGGACUAUGAAUUGUCGAGGGGUCAGAGUGGGGACAUAAAGAUGCUCACUGCUACGCAGAGGUCGGGGACUGCGGCCGACAAGGUGUCGGCUUUUUCGGUCAUGGUUGGCGAGAACCCAAUUGCGAACAUGAGAUCACUUGAUGCUCUUUUGGGAAUGGUGACAUCAAAAGUGGGAAAGCGCCAUGCCCUAACGGGGUUUGAAGCUCUAAAAGAACUCUUUAUUUCAAGUCUGUUACCUGAUCGCAAAUUGAAGACACUUUUCCAGCGGCCUUUAAAUCAUCUUCCGGAGUCAAAAGAUGGUUACUCUCUACUACUUUUUUGGCAUUGGGAGGAAUGCCUAAAGCAGAGGUAUGAACGUUUUGUUGCUGCAGUUGAGGAAGCAUCAAGAGAUAUGUUACCUAUACUAAAAGACAAAGCAUUGAAGAUCAUUUACGCAUUGUUGAGGAGUAAAUCAGAGCAAGAGCGCAAAUUGCUUUCGUCACUAGUUAACAAGCUUGGGGAUCCUGAAAAUAAGGCUGCAUCUAAUGCCGAUUUUCAUUUAUCAAAGCUUCUGACUGACCAUCCACAAAUGAAGGCUGUUGUAAUUGAUGAGGUGGAUACUUUUCUCUUUCGGCCUCAUUUGGGAUUGCGAGCCAAGUAUCAUACUGUAAACUUCUUGAGCCAAAUUCGUCUGAGUCACAAAGGAGAUGGACCUAAGGUGGCAAAGCGUUUGAUUGAUGUUUAUUUUGCUCUAUUUAAGGUACUUAUUUCUGAGGCUGAUGGGAGUCUUAAGACAGACAAAAACAGGAAAGAAGAGGAUAAGAAAGCUUCCAGUUCUUCCAAAGAUAGUAAAGUAAAAAGCCAGCCCUCAGAAUCUCAUGCUGAAAUGGACUCACGAUUGCUAACAGCUCUCCUGACGGGAGUCAAUAGAGCAUUUCCUUUUGUUUCUAGUAAUGAAGCUGAUGACAUUAUUGAGGUGCAAACACCAAUGCUCUUCCAGCUGGUUCAUUCAAAAAACUUCAAUGUGGGAGUUCAAGCCUUAAUGCUUCUUGAUAAGAUCUCAUCCAAAAAUCAAAUUCUUAGUGAUCGGUUUUACCGUGCCUUGUAUUCAAAACUUCUACUUCCAGCUGCCAUGAAUUCUUCCAAGGAAGAGAUGUUUAUUGGGCUACUCUUGAGGGCUAUGAAGAAUGAUAUUAAUUUAAAGAGAGUAUCAGCCUUUGCAAAGCGUUUAUUGCAGGUUGCCCUUCAGCAGCCACCUCAGUAUGCCUGUGGAUGUCUUUUUCUCCUCUCGGAAGUCCUUAAAGCAAGGCCACCUCUAUGGCACAUGGCACUCCAGAAUGAGUCAGUUGAUGAAGAUCUUGAGCAUUUUGAAGAUAUUGUAGAAGAAACCAAAAAUGAAGUAUGCACCAAAUCAAAUGAACCAGAUAAUGCCAUUGAAACUGUUUGUGCUGGUGAUAACACUGAGACUGACAGUGAUUCCUUGCAAGAUGAAGGUGUUUCUCCUACUUAUGACUUUGAUAGUGAUGUUUCAAAUGGAGCAGAUGAUGAUGACUUGCUUGUUGGACGUGGUUUAGAAGAUGUGAAGGAAUCCAAAACAAUGUCUGAUAAAACUAGGCAGCAACCUCAAGUACCCAACACAAAGACUUCAUUGCCCGGAGAGUACGACCCGCGGCACAGGGAGCCUUCUUAUUGCAAUGCAGAUCAUGUAAGCUGGUGGGAGCUUACAGUUCUGUCUUCACAUGUGCACCCAUCGGUUGCUACCAUGGCUAGAACCAUUCUUUCCGGGGUCAACAUUGUGUACAAUGGAAAUCCAUUAAAUGAUCUUUCACUUGCUGCUUUCCUAGACAAGUUCAUGGAGAAGAAACCAAAGCAGAGCACAUGGCAUGGUGGUUCCGAGAUUGAACCUGCCAAAAAGCUCGACAUGAACCACCAGUUGAUUGGUCCAGAGAUUCUGUCGUUGGCUGAAAUGGAUGUGCCCCCAGAAGAUCUCGUCUUCCACAAGUUCUAUAUGAACAAAAUGAGCGCCUCAAAGAAGCAAAAGAAAAAGAAGAAGAAGAAAGGAGCAGAGGAUGAGGCUGCUGAAGAUCUAUUUGGUGUUGACGGUGAUGAUGAGAGUGACAACGAAGAGAUUGAGAACAUGCUGGACUCUGCUAAUCCUUCUUUAGAGGCAGACAGUGAUUAUGACUAUGACGAUUUGGAUCAGGUUGCCAUUGAAGACGAUGAUGACUUAGUUGGCAAUGUAAGUGAUGAAGAGAUGGACAUCCCAUCAGAUAUUGCCGAGGGAGAAGAUGAUGAGGAUGCUAACAAUAAUGACAGUGGAGGUGAAGAUGAUGAUGUUGAUAUAGGAGAUGCGGAUGAUGGAAGUGAUGAAGGGGAGGAGGAUGUAUUUGACGAAAGAAAAAAGAAACGGAAGUCCAAUAGGCGUCCCGGAGCUUCCCCAUUUGCUAGUCUUGAAGAGUAUGAGCAUCUAUUAGAUGAGGAUGCUCCAACAGAAAACAAAUCUGGGGAACAAAAAAAAGCUAGGUCGAAGAAGAAGAGAAAGAAGUCCAAGUAAGUGCAGUUCCUUCUUGGGCUACGCCUUGAGAAUGUAGUCAUUACAUAUACUAGUUCAUGGAGGGAGGGUUGGACAAAAUGUCCAAUGAAUUUUGUGAGUUUAAUUUGUUAGGGUUGAGGAGACAUGGGAAUGUUGUAAUGUAGUAUUUUUCUAACUAGCAUGAAAAGAAAUCUACAAAAGACUUAACUUUUAUUGUUUGUCUAUUUUUUCACUAUAAUUUCUUGUGGCUAUAGCGGAUCAGUUCCUGAUUUGCGAACACUAUUGGUUGAAUUCAUAGUCGAGUGGUGUUUUUGACUA